UCAUGAUCCGAUAAUGCGGCAUUGCUACAUUUUUUAAAUUCAUUCUAUGUGGUGUCUAAAUUAGUACAACAUUUCACUUUACUGUUUCGUACAUAUUUGUAUUGAUGCCCAGUUGUGGCAGACAUUUUCUGAAAAUGAAGUGUCCUCGAUGUCACACGCUUUGUGAGGAGGGACAGCCGUUUUGCUUGAGAUGCAACCCAAUCGUCGAGGAAGAGAGAGAGCCAGGCAGUCUGAAAGAUGUGACCUAUGACCGGGGUAGGAGUGGGGCGGCUGAAGACACCUUGCCAAUGGACAGUUCCUCAGAUGAAGAGGACUUUCAUGAUGCAAGUGAUCAAUUCCUUGACUUAUACCUUGGGGAAGAUGAGGACACAUCUCAGAGAGUACAAGCUGACGGUCUGGACGCAGAGCCAGCUCAACAUAUGGAUGCUGCUGUAGAAGAGCUUUCCUCCCCUGGAAAUAUAACAGUUCACUAUGUUGGCAGUGACUCUGUUUCUCUGAGCUGGCUUCCUUUUGACCAGACACAGAGGUACGAAUUGACCUACUCCUGCGACACCCAGAGAGAGAUCCUGUCCAUCCAAGGCUCCAACAGCACAGAGGUGGAAGGCCUGGACCCGGGGACAGAGUACACUUUCAGCGUCACAUCGUUCACUGACGAUAGGAAUCAGAGAGCGUCGGUCACAUUGUCCAUGUAUACAAAACCUGUGCCACCCGAAAAGAUAAAGAUAGAUAAUGUCAGCAGUGAAUCAGUGUCUCUGAGUUGGGACAAACCGGUUGGUGUCAUUAAGGCAUGUCUCGUGACCUGUUCCUGUGACGGAGAGGAAGUCCAGAAGAUAACAACAGAAUCCAACACCCUGACAAUUUCCAGUCUGAUUCCAGGUGUCAAGUACUCCUUCCACGUUUCUACGGUGCUGAAGAACGGGACCCAAAGCAAGUCGGCUGUGACAUAUGCCCGCACAAAAACCCACCUGGAGAGCUUGCUGCUGGACCUGGGGUUGGAACAACACUACACAGAGAAACUCACCCUGAGCACCGUGCUGCAGAUCGAUGAGAAGACCGUCACUGAUGAACCUGCUCAGACUCUCUCAGCCCUGCCAUGGAUUUUCCUAAAAAGGUUAAUGAUGGUUAAUGUAACUGCUAGAAGUGUGAAAUGCACCACAUCAGGAGGCGAGGCAAGUUGUGAUGCUUCAUUUUGCAACAUAGACCUAGAUCUGGAGAAUCUUGUUGAUAACCUGGACUCUAGUAAUAUGGUAAACCCCUUAGACAUUGUUACUGCUCUCUUUCUGUGCUCUAACAGUUUUCUGCAGCAAGAGAUGGUCAUGAAAAUGUCAAUGUGUCAGUUUUCUGUGCCCCUGCUUCUCCCCAAUUGUGAGACAGAACAGUGUAUGCUCAUGCUUUGGGCAAUGCGAGACAUUGUCAAAAAGUUUAGACCUCAUUCAUUGGCAGACCCAAGAGGAUUUGUUGAAGACAGGAUUGUUUUCUCUGACCUCCCUAUGGUCUCUUUUGUCAGAUUGGGUGAGUGCUCUCUGUCCAAGUCACAGAUUCUUAACAAGCUACUGAGUAAUCCCCAACAGUAUCACGACACGUUUGUCCACCAUGACAUGGAAUGCGGUGAUAGUCCAAGGAGGAUAUCAAAUGGAUUGGUUGAAAUAAGCUGGUACCUCCCAAGUGGGAAAAAAAACAUUGAUAUUUUUGGUGAAGCUGUUGCUGUAACCAAUCUGAGAGGGGACAUCAGUUCUUUUGAAACACAAUAUUCCUUUCUUUGCCAGACCUCUGCAGCAGUCUUUGUAUUCUUUGACAACCUGGACACCAAGUACAAGCUACUGACCAGCCAACACACCAAGGCACAGCUGUUUCUGGUGGGUAACCCACAGAGCAAGAGCUUCAGCAUUGCUGCUUUAAAGAAAACAGCAGCAGAGUUGAACUUGAAGAAAAGCAACGUCAUCCUGAAAACCAAACAGAUGAAUGAUGCAGACUUUGUGAAGAACCUGCGAAACACAGUUGGUGAGGUGAUCAAGAGUUCAAAGUCCAGAAUGCCAUUGGAGCAGAUGGUUGAAGUGGCACACGAGCUUGGGAUCUUGGUUGAUGAGGACUGCCAAGAAUGUCAGAGUGCCAAGCAAAAUGCGGAUGCAAUCACGUCAAAAAUUCAUGACACACCACAGUAUAAGGAAAGACAGCUUCCCUUGCAAGGGCAGAUAUGGAAGGAGCUGGCACGUCUAGAGAAAGAGGAAUGCAGACUGCAGAAAGCUGGCGACAAGAACAUUGAGACGUACAAAAGUGAACUCCAAACAGAAAAAAGACAACUUAGGGAACAGCAAAGGAGGUAUGACAUGUCAGAGGCAAUGACCUGCUUCAUAAAUGCAAUAUCAAGCACAGGACUAGAGAGGUCCUACUUUUUGAAAUGGAUGCGUAUGAAUCUGGACAAUCUGUCUCGUAAAAACCUUUCUGGCCUUAGGGAGCUGUACAAAGAAAAGUCUCAGAACACAUCUGAAAACAAAGAAGAAAUUGCAUACCUUGAUAAACAGAUUUCAAACAGUUCUUUAGGAACGGAACAUUUCCUACGGGAAAUGGGUCAACUGUACGAAUCUGCGGUCUUACUGAGCGAAACUGAAGAGUCAAGGCAACAACUGCAGCAUUUGCCCAAACUAUGUGCUGAGUUGCUUCUGGAUGGGUUUCCUCUGGAGCUGGUGGAUGGAGAUGCGUCCAACAUACCUCUGAGAUGGGUGAGUGAUGUGCUGCAUCAGCUCAAUGUCUUGGUGCAGCCAAAGAACAAGAUCCUGGUGGUAACCGUUCUAGGUGUUCAAAGCACGGGAAAGUCCACUCUACUGAAUACUAUGUUUGGAGUGCAGUUCGCAGUCAGUAGUGGCAGAUGCACAAGAGGGGCCUUCAUGCUUCUCAUCAAAAUCAAAGACGACUUCAAGAAAGAGCUGAACUGCGACUUUGUAGUGAUCAUCGACACAGAAGGACUGAAGUCUCCAGAGCUGGCACAGCUGGAUGACAGCUAUGAGCACGACAAUGAGCUAGCCACACUAGUUGUCGGGCUGAGUGAUGUCACAAUAAUAAACAUUGCCAUGGAGAACUCAACCGAGAUGAAGGACAUCCUUCAAAUUGUUGUCCAUGCUUUUCUCCGGAUGAAAGAGGUGGGAAAGAAGCCCAAGUGUCAAUUUGUCCACCAGAAUGUGGCAGAUGUCUCGGCACACGACAAGAACAUGAGAGACCGGAAACUACUGUUGGAGCAAUUGAACGAGAUGACCCAGGCAGCAGCCAGCAUGGAAAGCAAAGAAGAUAACAAGAUCUUCACAGAUGUAAUGGAAUACAACCCAGAGACUGGUAACUGGUACAUCCCUGGACUUUGGCACGGUAGCCCUCCAAUGGCACCUGUCAACGCUGGGUACAGUGAGUCUGUCUACGAGUUUAAAAAAAACAUGAUUGAAGUUUUGGAGAAAUGUGAGGCCUCUGGAAACAACAUAACAGAGUUUCUGGAGUGGACAAAAAGCUUGUGGAAUGCUGUGAAGUAUGAAAACUUCAUUUUCAGCUUCAGAAACAGUCUAGUGGCUGAUGCCUACAUGAAGCUGUGCACUGAGUUCCACAAAUGGGAAUGGUCAUUCAAAAAGCACAUGUACACUUGGGUAACAAAUGCUGAAACAAGGAUCUCCAACUUUGGGACAAUCACUGUGAAAUCUGAGGCAUCAGACAUGAAAGACUUGAUUGGCAAAUUGAAAAACAAAGCUUUGCUUGAGCUUUCCAAAUGGGAGAAGACCAUUCUUGACAACUUGACAAAGUAUUAUGAACAAACAGAAGGCCAUGUGCAUCUAGUGGAGGGAUACAGAGAGGUCUUCUCCAACAGUGCAAAAAGCCUUCGACGAGAAAUGGAGAACUCUGUGCUGAAUCAACUUGAAGCAGCUGCUGAGAUCAGACAGGGAAUGAACAAUCUGGACACAAUAAAGAAGACCCACACAGCAAGACUGGAAGAGAAUGUGCUGGGAUUAAUUGAUGAAUGCAGGAAGAGCAAAUCUGAGAAAUCGGAUAGGGAGCUAGAGAGAGAUUUUGAUCAGAUGUGGAAUGAAACUGUGCGGAAGUUGUCCUUCAAAGGAUUGAAGAGUGAAAACAUUUGUGGAAAGAUUUUUCGCCAGCUCCGUUCAAACCUGACCCGGAAGGGAAGUUCUGUGAAUGAAAUGAUAGCUAGAGUAAGGCUGGAACAAUUUGGAAAAGAGCCAUUCAAAGUCCCUUCUGAUGGGUUUAUAGGGAAAGUAAAACAAUGGUUUCACUUGGAUGAACACACACAGAAAACCCAGUUGAUGGCUGACAACCUCAUAGAGACUUGCAGACAAUUUGUGUUGGAGAAGGUGGAAAGGAAAACAGAUUACCAUGAUAAUUAUAUUCUGGAAAUCCUAAACAUGAUUGAUGAAAGAUUAAAAGCCAGCAAAGAUCUUGAGACUGAUGUCAAAUUUGAAGUCUUACUAAAACUACAUAUCUGUGGAGCUGCAGCCAGGGAAUUUCAGAAAAUGCAUGAUCAUUUCAUACAAGUCAAUGACCCACGCCGAUGCCUUGAUCUGUACAAAGACAAGUACUGCUCUGACUUCAAGGACUUGUUCAAUGAACGAGACCAGUGUCAGAAAAAAGCAGAAGAAUUCACCUGCCUCUGCCUCAGACCUGCACUGGAAGAAAGUGUUGCCCAUUCCUUGGGUCCAGAUAUCGUUGAUGAAAUGCUGACAGGAGAAAAUGCCCUUCAAUUCAGCACUCGUGCAUUUUUCCAGUACUCAAUCUUGAAACAUUUGCUUUCAGAAUUCAACUUUGAGAACUAUGACAGCUACAUUUGUUCGUAUGAAAAGUUUGUCAAGAAUUGGAUAUUUGGUCAAAUCAAGGAGCGCUUUUCAAAGGGGCAAAAAAUGUUUCAGUUGGAAGACAAACAUCUGAAAGCGAUCGUCAAGAAAAUAACAGAUGCCAUAACAAAGGCCCAAACCAACAAAAACAGCAACUUUGAGAAAUUAAUUCAGAACAUUUGCAGGGAGCUUGGAGAUACACUGGUCAUUCCCAAGGAUGCUCUGAGUGCCUUCAUGAUCCUCAAUAAUGCUGAACAAGAGCAGUUUGCCCACUGUCUCAAAACAUCUGUUGAAGAAAUGGAAAAAUCUCUGAGGAUCAAGUUCCAAGAGGGAGUGGAUGCACAGAGGAAACUAGAACAAUUGAGGAUUAAACCACAGAAUGUUCUUUUCAAAAGAGUGUUUGGCUGCGGGAAGCAGUGUCCAUUCUGCAAGGCACCGUGCGAGGCAGGAGGAGAGGCCCACACAGACCACUGUGCCUCAAUACACAGACCACAGGGUCUGGGCCAGUACAGGUUUGAGCACUCAAGGAAACUCGUGACUGAUAUCUGCUCCUCCUCUGUGUUCAGUGAGCAAAAAUUCAUAUGCUACGAGACGAAUCAAACAUACCAUCCUUACAAAAAGUACAGAGACAUUUUCCCUAACUGGCAUAUCCCGGCCGAUCCCAGCAUCGAGGCAUCAGACUACUGGAAAUAUGUGAUGGCAAAAUUCAAUAAGGAAUUUGCCAAAAAGUAUGACGCACUCCCAGCAAUAACACCACCUGCCUGGAAAUUGAUCACAAAGGAACAGGCAGAAAAAAGCCUCAAAGAGUCUUUUAGCAUCAAUUGAGAGCCUCUACCUCAAAGAGGAAUUGUAAUAUAAGGAACAAUGAUUUGUCGGGCCAUAGUCUAACAAAAGACAUUACCUGCAAGAAUAAAUGUCAGAUUUAAUGUCAGAUUUCAAAUAUGAAUGAUUCUAAAUCUGUUUAUGUACAUUUUCACAAUCAAGACGUGGUCCUUGCCAUCUGCUUCAUGAGCAGAAUAUUCUGUAAAAUGAAGAGCCAUGGAAUGGGGGCUGGAAUGAUAAUCUGUUAUACACUGUGCCACUACUUGUCACUUACUCUGUUUUUGCAUCACUUGAAAGAAAUUCGCAAAAAGAUACAUCAGUCCUUGAACUUGAUGUGUCUACUUGGUAGGCACUGACAACAAUCAAUGAGGAAUCUGUUUUCCAAUGCUUUAAAGGGGCAAUCAGCAGUUGCUUCAUCCAUUUUUGGACUUAUAAAUUAAUCAUCAUAUGUACCCAUUGAUUC